AUGGCCUCCUCAACACCAUUGACGAAACGAUCCCUCUCUGGACAAGGACCUCCGGGAGAUGAACCUUCAACCUCGCCCGCAAAAAGACGCCGGGUCAAUUCCGCCGAGCAGAUUUCCACUGAGAUGACUGUCGCACCCGAAAGCCCCAGCGACCGACAGAUUACCGAAGCAGAGACCUUGAUCGAACGUACCUUCAGCUUAAGAAAUGCAUUCGGUGAUGAUAAUUUCCCAAUAGAAUGCGAUUGUCCCCCUUUGCGCGGCCGCUCCGACUACCGCGCCUGGAGCCGCAAAAUGAGGCAUAUUCUGAGCCGCAAUUUUCUUUUGGAUUUGGUUGAGGGCAAAAUCGGCCAACUUUCUCAAGCACAUCACUUGGAACCCCAAUUAGACAGCCUGCAUGAGGCGGCGCGGGAAAUCAUUAAUACAAACCUAUCUGCCACGACCAGGCUGAUUGUUCGCAACAUUCGAAACCCACAGCAGAUGUGGGAGAAGCUGGAGAAGCACUGCAAACCUUCUGAUUGGAGUUUGGUGCGAUCUGGCUGGCUUGAGUUGCAAAAAAUCAAAUACAGCCAAUGUUAUGAUAUCUGGGAUUAUGUGUAUAAGGUGGAUGAUGCGUGGAGAUGCAUCUGCCUUGACCAGGAGGACAUUCUGGAGAAACAUGAAUUCGCCCGUUGUGCUAGCCUCAUGUGCUCUUUGGAUACGACUAAGUGGGAAACUUGGAAGAUGGGGUUCCUCACUGGGCGCAGUAUCAAUAUACCAAGCUGGGCAAGCCUAGUUGAGAGCUUGACGUCAGCGGAGGACAAGGGCAUUGUAUCGGAUUUGAUUGGCAUUGCAAUUUGA